CUAAUCCCUCUCUCUUUCAUCUGGAUCGAGAUUAAUUAAAAUAUUAUUAUCCAAAUUUACCCCAUUUUUCUUCACAGAUUGAUCCAACAAAACUGUUUUUUCUUUCUUCUUCUUCUUUAUCUUUCUUGCAUUAUAUAUGUUCUGACCUCCCCUAGCUAGCUAGCUACAAAUAGCACUGCAAAACUCCUUUUCUUUUCAAUCCAUCUCCUGCAAAUCAUGGGGCACUCAUGACAUUAUAAUUAUCACUACAUAUCUUCUUCCUCCUCCACAAUUCCCUUUUCAUCGAUCUUAAUGGGAACCCUAUCAAACUGGCCCGAUCUCUCUCUUCAUAUCAGUCCUCCAUCUCCUCAACAUCUCAACGAAAUCAACGGUGGUGGUGGUUUCGAUCAUGGUUUCUUAAAACCCUCCACUUUCAGCGACCGGAGCUCCAUGACGGAGUCCGGUAGUAGUGUAGGGAGUGACUCCGCCAGUCAUGAUCAAUAUCAAAACGGGAUAAGUCUCUUUCAACCCCCUGAAGGGUAUUUUGGACAUUUCAACAUACCCAUCGAUCCGAGGCUGAGUUUAGCCCCGAACCCUCCGAGAAAUUUUCAUCAUCAGAGCGGUUUUCAGUUUAAGAGAAGCUCGAGAGUUGUUAGGCGGAGCGCUAGGGCUCCGAGAAUGAGAUGGACUUCGACUCUUCAUGCGCAUUUUGUACACGCGGUUCAACUCCUUGGAGGCCAUGAAAGAGCAACCCCGAAAUCAGUUCUAGAACUAAUGAAUGUGAAGGAUCUAACCCUAGCUCAUGUCAAAAGCCACUUACAGAUGUAUAGAACUGUAAAAAGCACUGACAAGGCAAGCUCAGUGACAGAUAAGGGUUUGGGCCAAAGGACAGAGAUGGUUGAAGUGGAGGCAGCAGGAUUGUCUAGUGAGAAAGCUGAAGCCAUUCCUUCUUCUUCUAUUAAACCAUCACCACUUCCAUUUUCUCACAAGGAAAAUCAAAAUGGUGAAUUUUGGAACACAAAAAAAUAUCCCAUGGUGGACGAAAAUGAAAUAGCAAAUAAUGACGAGUACAAUGGUAUUAAUGAAAUUGAAGUUUGUCCGGUAGUAUCGGGCAAGGACUUAAUAGUAGAUCUGGAAUUCAGUUUGGGGAGACCGAGUUGGAGAAUGGUGGAGUCGAAUGGGUCUUCGAAUGAGUUGAUUCUUCGAUCUUAAGAGUAACUAUUUUAUUAGCGAUAAACAUAUAGCUAGCUAGCUAAUUAACUAGCUUGUGAUAAUUAAUUUAUUAACUUGAGAAUUAGUAAUCAAUUAAUUAAUUAAUCAUAGUAAGCAUGCUUUCAUAUAUGCAAUGGCAAGAUU